AUGGCGAAACGAAGAACAAAGAAGCGCACCCAUGUUGGUGCCAGCAACCCCGAGACCAAUGCCCCGGGCCAUGCGACCGCCAAAAAUCCCAAGAGCAUGGUGAUCCGUAUCGGCGCAGGCGAGGUUGGCUCCAAUGUCAGUCAAUUGGCAAAGGAUGUCCGUCAAGUCAUGGAACCUGGUACCGCAACUCGAUUAAAGGAGCGCCGUGCGAACCGCCUACGAGACUACGUUACAAUGACCGGCCCAUUGGGCGUCACCCACCUGAUGCUCUUUUCGCGUUCCGAGACGGGCAACACGAACCUGCGCAUGUGUCUGGCGCCGCGAGGCCCGACCCUGCAUUUCCGAGUCGAGAAGUACUCUCUGUGCAAAGACGUCAGGAGGGCGCAACGGCAUCCCAAGGGCGGCGGAAAGGAGUUCAUCACGCCGCCGUUGCUGGUCAUGAACAACUUCUCCACGCCCGGCGCCGACGCCAACUCCAAGGUGCCGAAACACCUGGAGAGUCUCACUACCACCAUCUUCCAGUCGCUGUUCCCACCAAUUAACCCAACGACCACCCCGCUGAAAUCGAUACGACGAGUCCUGCUCCUGAACAGAGAACCCGCAAAGGACAAGGACGAUGGGUCCUUUGUCAUAAACUUCCGACACUAUGCCAUUACCACCAAAACCGCUGGCGUGUCCAAGCCUCUGAGGCGACUAAAUGCUGCUGAGAAGCUGAUCGGUGCCAAGAAGUCACGGAAAGGUGGUGUGCCGAAUCUGAGUAAGCUGGAGGAUAUUUCCGACUUCAUGAUUGGCGGCGAGGGGGGUGAUGGGUACAUGACGGAUGGCACGAGUGGCAGCGAGAUGGACACGGAUGCUGAGGUUGAGGUUCUCGAUAACGCACCAAGGAAAGUGCUAUCAUCCAAAGCGCGGGCUGCCGCUCUUCAAGCACAGAAUGGAGAGGGAAACGACGACGUGACCGACAAAGUGGAGCGCCGCGCCGUGAAACUGAUUGAGCUGGGUCCGCGCAUGAAGCUGCGCAUGAUGAAGGUCGAGGAAGGCAUGUGUUCGGGCAAAACGAUGUGGCAUGAAACCAUCACGAAAACCAAAUCGGAGGAACAAGAGUUGGAGAGGAGGUGGGAGAAGAAGCUGCAAGAGAAGGAAGCAAGAAGGAAAGAGCAGAAGGCCAAUGUCGAGAGGAAGAAGAAGGAACGUGCUGCCAGUGGCGCGAAAAAACAAGAUGACGAAGAAGAUGAGAUGGACCUCGACGGCAAUAAUAGUGAUCUGUUUGACGAAAUGAUGGAAGAUGGGUUCGACAGUGAAGGGCUGGAGGGGGAUGCUGAGGAGGCCAUCAUGGCUCAGUCGGCAAAGGGACGCUUAGAAGAGGAGCAAUGGGAAGAUGAAGAUGACGAAUAG